CGCAUUAGCGCUGGGAUUUCUCGACCCACGACAAAGGGGGCGGAAGCAAGGCAAUGAGAAACAAACAGCCGAUCCCCGACCCUCAACCCUGCCUCCCGCCGCACCAAACCAAGCAACACGCGGCAGCCCUCCACACUAGGGAUCCGGGCAACCUAAGCACUGGAGGAGGGCAGACAGGGCUGAGUUGGCGCCCCAUUCGAUCUUCCGAGAUCUGAUAAUGGGCUGCAUUAAGAGUAAGGAGAACAAAAGUCCAUCUAUUAAAUAUCGAACCGAGAACGUUACCGAGCCCGUCAGCACAAGCGCCAGCCAGUAUGGAGCAGAGCACACUUCAGGGGCACCUUCGUCUUCAACAAAGGGGACAUCUGUUCAUUUGAACAGUCUUUCCAUGACGCCAUUUGGAGGAUCCUCAGGGGUGACACCUUUUGGAGGAACAUCUUCCUCAUUUUCAGGGGUGCAAAGUUCAUAUCCUACUGGUUUAACAGGUGGUGUUACUCUAUUUGUGGCCUUAUACGAUUAUGAAGCUAGAACUACAGAAGACCUCUCAUUUAAGAAGGGUGAAAGAUUUCAAAUAAUUAACAAUACGGAAGGAGACUGGUGGGAAGCAAGAUCAAUUGCUACAGGAAAGAACGGUUAUAUCCCUAGCAAUUAUGUAGCGCCUGCAGAUUCCAUUCAGGCAGAAGAGUGGUAUUUUGGCAAAAUGGGUAGAAAAGAUGCUGAAAGGUUACUUUUGAACCCUGGGAACCAGCGGGGUAUUUUCUUAGUAAGGGAGAGCGAAACUACUAAAGGUGCUUAUUCCCUCUCUAUUCGUGAUUGGGACGAGGUCAGGGGUGACAAUGUGAAACACUACAAAAUUAGAAAACUUGACAACGGUGGAUACUACAUCACAACCAGAGCCCAAUUUGAGACUCUGCAGAAAUUGGUGAAACACUAUACAGAGCACGCGGACGGUUUAUGCCAUAAGUUAACCACUGUGUGUCCAACUGUGAAACCCCAGACUCAAGGUCUAGCGAAAGAUGCUUGGGAAAUCCCCCGGGAAUCCCUGCGACUGGAGGUUAAAUUAGGCCAAGGCUGUUUUGGUGAAGUCUGGAUGGGGACCUGGAAUGGAACCACAAAAGUAGCAAUCAAAACACUAAAGCCAGGUACAAUGAUGCCCGAAGCGUUCCUUCAAGAGGCUCAGAUCAUGAAAAAAUUAAGACACGAUAAACUUGUGCCGCUCUAUGCCGUUGUUUCGGAAGAGCCAAUUUACAUCGUCACCGAAUUUAUGUCCAAAGGGAGCUUAUUAGAUUUCCUUAAGGAGGGAGAUGGAAAGUUUUUGAAGCUCCCACAACUGGUUGAUAUGGCUGCACAGAUUGCUGAUGGUAUGGCUUAUAUUGAAAGAAUGAACUACAUUCACCGAGACCUUCGGGCUGCUAAUAUUCUUGUAGGAGAAAAUCUUGUGUGUAAAAUAGCAGAUUUUGGUUUAGCAAGGUUGAUUGAAGAUGAUGAAUAUACUGCAAGACAAGGUGCAAAGUUUCCAAUCAAAUGGACAGCUCCCGAGGCUGCACUGUAUGGUCGGUUUACAAUAAAAUCGGAUGUGUGGUCGUUUGGAAUCCUUCAGACUGAACUAGUCACGAAGGGCAGAGUGCCGUAUCCCGGUAUGGUGAACCGUGAAGUGCUGGAACAGGUGGAACGAGGCUAUAGGAUGCCUUGCCCUCAGGGCUGCCCAGAAUCCCUCCAUGAAUUGAUGCAUCUCUGUUGGAAGAAGGACCCCGAGGAAAGGCCAACAUUUGAGUAUAUUCAGUCCUUCCUGGAAGACUACUUUACUGCUACCGAGCCACAGUACCAACCAGGAGAAAACCUCUAAGUCAAGUAGCCUGUUUCUGAUGCACAGUCUGCCAAAAUGGAAAGAACUUGUGUAGCAUUCCUCACGUAUGUACAGGAGUGAGAAGAAGAACAUCUUCUUUACUCUGCAUGGUCUUUUAUGGUAAACUGGAAUCCCAGACAUGGUUGCACAAAACCGACCCCCCCACCCCGGAGUUCAACUGUAAAGUACCAAUGAUGAAUUCUGCAACACAUUUCAAGGUCCAAAGAAAGUAGAGUUACAAUACUGAUGACCGUGUGAGUGAUAGCAAUGACAACGAAGAGCAACAAGGCAAGUUUCCUCCCCAAAUUCAGAAUUGUUUAGGGAAAUUGCCCUUGACAGAGAUAAAACGUUAUGCCAUAAUUUCACGGGACCAAGCAAUUCCAUUCCAGAUUUUUUUUUUAAUUUCUUGCAUUCUCGCUUUUUUCUAAGUUGAACUGAAGUUAAUAUACAGUUUUAAUAUAUGCCUCCUUUUAUAUGGAAAUGGGCCAAGUUUAUGGAUUCAAAAAGGAAAAUAAACAGCAUCUAAAACUUGAUUAAAUGUCAGACCUCAACAGUGAAUCUGAAAGUAUAAUGCAUUAUGAUAAUACUCAUACUCAUGGAACUGGAACGUAGCAUAAAUUUUUUUUCAUUUGUAAUUAUUUUCUGAAUAGUUCAAUUUAGGAUAAUGAAGGUAACUAGAAAGUGAGUUGAUUUUUUAAAAAAAAUAUGGUUGCAUUGAUUAAAACAAAAGCCAAUAUAUAACUGAAAUUAUACUAUAUAAUCCAAGGGGGAAAACUUAAUCUCUAGGUAGCAUGAAAAAUAAAGACCCAGCAUUUAAGUAUUCCUUAAAAUAAAUAAAAGACUUGGUACUGUGAGAUGUUGCUAGGAUGUACUUAUGGUGACUGGAGCCACAAAGACAAUGUAACACUAGAUCAGGGACUUGAAUGCACUUUUGCUGUUACUGAAUAUAGACUAAAGGAGAAGUGGGCGUAUUUAAAAGAAAAUGUGAAAGUUUUACAGGUAGAGGGAUGGAAUGUGUAAUAUUGAAGUCAGAUAGUGACAGAAUGGCUUUGCUGACACUCGAAGCUCCUCCUUUGUGUGGUCUAAAACUCUUAAGAGCUCCAAGGUAUAAGUAGAAAACUAAUUUUUUUUAAUAGUGAAGUUGUCACACUUACUACCGUGACACAGCUUCUUCUCAGAGUGUUUUGGGAACUCCAGAUUUCAAACUCCUAUUUGAAUCAACAUUCACUUUUUAAAUAUGUUUACUGAUGACCAUUUUCCCCCUUUUAGAGUACUGUUGAUUGGGGAGGAGAACUUAAUUCAAAAUAACGACCCUGGUGAGAAGGGUUAUUUUUUGCCCAUGUAAAGCACAGCAGUGAAACAUAAAAGACUUGAUAUACUAACUCAGAAAGAAGGAUUCCAAAAUAUGAAUUUAAAUAGCAUCCCUUCUUUAAGUGGCUAACAAAGAAAAACGGCCUCUGAUAGAUUAAAAACUUUGAUCUCUAUGUUUUUAAACUUAAUAAUAUCUGGUCCCCAUAUUUUAGGAAUAUACUUUUCACCCAUCACUUAUCACAAGGAGCCCUGGAAGUGCUGUUGGGUGAGGGUUGGACUGCUACCAAAAGGGCGGUGGUUCAGACCCACCAGCUACUCUGUGAGGAAAAGACGAGGCUGUCUGUCUCCUGUAACGAUUGUCAGCCUCUAGUCUAAUUCGAAACCCUUUAGAAGGCGGCGAUGACUUGGAAUCAACUCAGUGGCAGAGGACUUGGGUUUUUGGAUCACUUCUCACUGAUUUACUCUUAAGAUUGACACAUGUGCCAUGGUAUCUGUGUCGAAACUCAAACCACUUAUAAAUGUGACAAAUGAAUUUCAUGCUAGUUGGCAACAGUGCUGGUACUAAGAAUUGUGAUUGUUUCAUGUUUACGUACCUGCUUCGUACUGCACCCCUUGAACAAGCGGCUCUUCUAAGGAGAGUGCCAUCCUUACAUUUCACGUCUACACCCUGUGACAUCAGAUUUUUAAAGGGAUGUAUGUGAACUAAUGUCACUUUUCUAAGCAUUUUACAAAAGGGUAACAAACUCCUGUUUCUGAACUAAUGCGCUUAAGAAAAAUCAGCCAUGAAAAGUUGAUGGCAUCGAAUAGGUUUUAAAUUAAUGGCGUGAUUCCUUGUAUUAACAAUUGUGUAAUAAGGAGAUAAACACUAACUUCAUGUUUGUUGAGUUUAAAUGGUUAUGUAUUUUUUAAAUUGUCGAGAAACAACUUUGUACAUUUGACAUUUUUUUAACAGCUGUUUGUCUUCAGUAUCUGAAUGUGGAACUUAACCCUCACCAAAAACGGAAGUUGGCAAAAGAACCUUGGAGCACAAACACUUUUUUAAAUGAAUAACAGUAGCCUAAAACGUAAUAUUUUUAUAAAGUAUUGUUUUGUGGAUAAUUGAAAUAAAA